AUGAAGGGGGUCCGGUGGGGUGUCCUCCUAGGACUGAUGGUCCUGAUCUAUGGCUCCCAUGCCCCCCUUAUCGCCCUCACCAAGGUGGAUGGGCAGGUUCCCUUCAGCUCCUCCUCCUGUGUGGUUCUGAUAGAGUUAACCAAGCUUUUGGUGUCCCUGGCCACUCUGCUCCUGACUGGGGACCUGUCUGCCCUGCACGCACCCCUGGCCCUCGUGGCCCCCUACGCAGUCCCAGCCUUACUCUACGCCUUCAACAACAACCUGGUGGUCCUCAUGCAGAUCUACAUGGACCCCAGCUCCUUCCAGGUCCUCAGCAACCUGAAGAUCGCCUCCACGGCCCUGCUCUACACCUCCUGCCUGGGGAAGAGGCUGCGGUCCGCCCAGUGGCUGGCCCUGGGGAUCCUCAUGGGGGCCGGGGUGUGUCACAGCUACAGCAGCCUGGAUCUGGAGGACUCAGGGCAAACUGAGGACCAGGCGAGUUCCAGGCUUCACAUUACAGCCUGGGGCCUAGUUCUAGUGCUGGUUUACUGCUUCAUCUCAGGGCUGGCGGCCGUCUACACAGAACGGGUGCUGAAGAGCCAGCGACUACCCCUCAGCCUGCAGAACGUGUACCUGUACGUGUUUGGAGUGGCCAUCAACUUGGUCUCCCACCUCUCCAGCAUGGGGGGAGAACAGGGUUUCCUGGAGGGUUACUCAGGGGCGGUGUGGGCCAUUGUGGCGGGGCAGGCAGCUAACGGGCUGCUGAUGUCAAUAGUGCUAAAGCAUGGCAGCGGCAUCACCAGGCUGUUUGUCAUCUCUUGCUCUAUGCUGGUCAAUGCUCUGCUCUCCUGGGCCCUGCUGGGCCUGCAGCUCACCCCCCUCUUCCUGUUACCUACCUCUAUGAUUGGCCUGGCAGCCUAUCUGUACUACAGGUAG